AAAUGGUAAAGAAGCUUCAUCAGGAUCUCACGAAGGAACUGAAAAUGGUAAAGAAGCUUCAUCAGGAUCUCACGAAGGAACUGAGGAUGGAAGAGAAGCUUCAUCAGGAUCUCACGAAGGAACUGAAAAUGGAAAAGAAGCUUCAUCAGGAUCUCACGAAGGAACUGAAAAUGGAAAAGAAGCUUCAUCAGGAUCUCACGAAGGAACUGAGGAUGGAAGAGAAGCUUCAUCAGGAUCUCACGAAGGAACUGAAAAUGGAAAAGAAGCUUCAUCAGGAUCUCACGAAGGAACUGAAAAUGGAAAAGAAGCUUCAUCAGGAUCUCAUGAAGGUACAGAAGAUGGUAGAGAAGCUUCAUCUGGAUCUCAUGAAGGAACUGAGGAUGGAAGAGAAGCUUCAUCCGGUUCUGAUGAAGGUACUGAAGAUGGAAGAGAAGCUUCAUCAGGAUCUCACGAAGGAACUGAAAAUGGAAAAGAAAAUGGAAUAAGUAGUAUAGCCCGAGGUGAUACCAAGGUUAAUGAUCGACAUUCACAUAAUAGGAAAAAUAACAAUAAAGACAAUAAAUCAAAAAAGGGUGCAUUGAAUUUUUUAUUUAGAAUAUGA